CGUCCCUUUUUCCCCGGCCGAGAGCGCAUGCAGACAUCGGUGCGCAUAGGGCGUGAGACAAGCUCUGAGCUACCGGCGUCUUAUUUCUCAAGAGGUUCGUCGGCCAUGCCUUCGAAGCCAGGCAACAGUCGGCGGUCGUCGUCGAUGGCCACCAGUCUGUCGACCGUGGACCAGACGCCACAGCCGCACGUCUCUGUCGAUGGACUUGGCGGGGCCAGCGGCGCAAACCCUGAGGACGCAAAGUACCUCAUCGCCAAUCGGUUCCUGGCCACGCUCCUCCAGGAGAUCGUCAUCGACACGGCCCUGUACGCCCAUUCGCUCACAACGAGGCAGAAAAAGUGUCGGGGCUCUCUUGAGGGAGGCUGCCCCGUCUGUCGCUCCAGGUGAGAAGAAGAGAGGCUUGGGAUAUUGAGAGACCUGCAGCUCAUGCUAGAAUGGGUUCUGUAUGCAGCUGUCAGGCCGAGCAUCAUGCCCAAUCUGCGCCUGCGGCCGCAUCGUCAGCCAAUGCCGGCAAUGGUACGGAAGGGUCUGCAGCAAACGGUGCAAGCGGAGAGGCAGCAAGUGCAGCUGCAACACCGCAGCCCAAGGGCCUCGACAUCUAUCACAACAAUCCGCUGCUAGCCUGCCUCGUCUGCUCCCGCCAGGUAUCAGCAAACCGCUACGCGCAGCACCUGGCCUCGUGUGUUGGUGUCGGAAAGGGCGGCAUAGCUCGCAGAAAGGGCAAGGCUGGCGGGGCGGCAAAGGACCGGAGCAAGGUCAAGAGUGCCCUCGAGGCUCGAAAAAGAGCGGGCCUUUCGCAGUCGAAUGGCAAUGGAAGCAGAAUGGGCACUCCCACACCCACGCCGACGGCUACCAGCGACGAUGAAGGCGGCAACAGAAAGAGCAGGUCUCUUGCGGACUCGCUGGGCGUACACAGCGGUAAACGAACGGCGAGCGCCAGCCCGGGUCCAAAGGCGAAACAGGCCCGCACAGGCACUCCUGCAGUGCUGAGUGCGGCAGCCAACUCGUCUCAGCCCCUGACGGCAUCCCCCUUGAACCCGAAUCGGUACCAGAGCAGCACAAGCGCAGCUCUGGCCAGCAGUCUCAAGGGCAAGGGAAGCACAGGCAAGGAGAAAAAGAGAAAGCGAGAGGACAACGAAGACGAGGACGGUGACGAUGAGGACGGGGAGGAGGCCGACGACGACGAGGAAGACGAUGACGACGGCGGUGAUGAUGCAGACGAUGACGAAGACGACGAAGAGGAAGACGACGACGACGACGAAUCGGAAGCCGACUCGGAUGGCAACGCGUCUAGUCCUGACGUCCCUCUCGGGUCAUCGAGGCCCAACGAUGCCCUGGCAAAGGCAUCGACAGGCCUACCGCUCAGCCAGAGCGGUAUCGAGAGGAGCAAAGGAAGCGACGGCGAAUACAUUGGUGGGUAUCUUGCUUACUUCGUUCUAGCCUGCCCACCGCAUGUGUCUCAACUGACCAAUCUGACACACGCAGACGUCGAGUCCGCCUCUGCCCAGAGCGAGCCCGACGAUGACUUCUGAUCCUGCUGCUCUCUCUGAUCUCUGCAUCUGUAUUUCUAUCGCAUACCUGCUUGACUGCUGGCGAAUGCAACACGCCGUUCUGCUACAACUAUCCACCAUGCCUCGUUGGCGAAGCGCUC